AUGGCUUGCGUAGUAUGUCAUAAAAUUUAUUCACCCAAUGAUGAUAAACAAGUUGAUAGUGAUGAAAAACCUCAUCGGUGCACUACCUGCGGCUUAACUUUUACUUUUAAAAUUCAGCUUAAACGCCACAUAAUUCUCCACGCCGAUGGUGCUCCCUAUACCUGUAAAUACUGUGCGAAAGAAAAUGAGAAUAAGGGAAAAACUUAUAAUUUAAGAUUAGGAAGUAAAAGCGAAUAUACUUGUGAAGUGUGCCAGAAAAGUUUUUCUAAUAAACGAAUGUUAUUAAGGCAUUCAAUUCAACAUACCUACGAUGAUGGUUAUGAGGAUGGUUUUGAAGAGAAAAUUAAAAUUACUAUAAAGAAACGGGUUACAUCUCAUAAUUCAAGAAAUCUGUCCAAGAAAAACUCUGCAAGAGAACCUGUCAAGUUAUCAUUAAAAAGGCAUUGGUCAUCUAAAUCUAAAACAUUGACUUGUGAUACAUGCAAUAAGGCUUUUGCUUAUCAAGCAUGCUUAGAUAAGCACAUCAAAAUGGGAAAGUGUUCUACGUUAUCGUCUUCUAAACCGAGUCCUAAGCAUCUUAGUGAUGAUACCAUUGAAGAAGAAGGUGAUAAAAAUCUUAGCAAUUCUGGGGAUUCAGAAAAUAAAAUCAAUGACAAUUCUGAGAAAACUGAUGUAAAAAAGCAUACGUGCAGUAUUUGUGGAAAGACUUUUGCCCGUAAAAGUACUCUCGAUGGGCAUGAAUUAUCACAUAUUUUAAAUAAAGAAACUAGUGAAGAUGAAGAAAAUCAUUUCUCUGACAGUGAAGUAAGUGAUGAAGAAGUUCCUGAACCAAAAAAGCCACGAAUAUCCACAUUUAGGUUUCAAAAAUCUUACACAUGUGACAAGUGUAAUUUUGUGUGUUUUUCUAAACAGACAUUGAAUAAGCAUAUGACUAAUCAUAAAGAAAUGGUGUCGCAAUCUUCUGAAGUAGAUGAGGAUUUACAAAAUAGAAAAGAAAAUUUUGACUCUUCAACACGAGAAAACCCAUCGAACAAUUUGGAAUCUUUUAAAAAAGCUAACUUAAAACAUCAUCUUUUAAGCCAUGUUGAUGGCAAUACUGAUGAUUCGUCAUUGGAUAAGAAAGACAGUUUUAUGAAGCAUCGUGCAAAAAGAAGUAAAAAUUUUGCAUGUGACAUUUGCGGUAGACGUUUCGCUGGCGAAAUCUGCUUGAGAAAACAUCAGCUAAAACAUGAGGAAGAUGCUGUAAGUUCUGAAACAGGAACUACUUCAACUACUCGAGGGAAAAAAGUUAAGCCAGUUAAAGAAUUAGUGUGUGAAUAUUGUAAUGAAGAGUUCACAGGCAAAAGAUCUGCUUAUAUUAAACAUAUUCAUGCUCAUACUCCUGAAGUGUGUGGGAUUUGUGAUGAAAGAUUUAUUGAUCGUCAAAGUCUUAGAGAACAUUGUAAAAUUCACGUAGGAACGGAAGAAGGAAGGAUGUUCAUGCAGUGUAGUCAGAAAGCUCUUGAUGCUAAAAAUGGACUUCUUGCUCCAGAGCCUAAAGUAGAGUAUAUUUAUUUGGUUCUACGUUGA